AUGAUUCGUUUACAAGACCGAUUCAUCACAAAGCAGGAGACUUGCAUUGAUUUGAACAACAACAGCAAGGGCAACAGCAAAAUGAAAGAAGAGGUCUUGCGCUUGAAUACCCCUACGGACGUGGCAGGGAUCGUGCUGCAUAGCCCGGGAGCCAGCUGUAGCCGUACAACUCCGCAGCGAGGUAAAUCUUGCAAACGACGUGGUGGCAGCGUAGGAGCGGGUGGAGGCUCAUCUGGAAGGAGGGGCAGCGGCGCCCGGGCUCCCAUCAAACCGAUGCAACGACACGCUGCUAACGCCAGGGAGAGAUCUCGCAUGAGGGUGUUGAGUAAGGCAUUCAGCAGGCUGAAAACAAGCUUGCCAUGGGUUCCUCCAGACACAAAACUCUCCAAGCUGGACACACUGAGGCUAGCAUCGAGCUAUAUAUCGCACCUUAGAAAAAUACUAGAGGAUGAUACCUUAGAUAGUACGAUGGUUCAUCCAUUAAAUUUGACUUGGCCAUUUGCAAUCAGCUCUCGACCAAUCACAACGGACGACACUUCAGAGGAAUGUGACAAGGAGGUGCGAUCCGAUACAACCAGUGACGUCAUGUCUGAGUCACCAUGA